UUUAGUAUAUAUAUUAAGCAUUUUUCAUGUUAUCUUCUCACCUAACCACUAUAUAAGAGUGUAUAUAUACAUAACAUACCCAACACAGAUAAUCCUUCAUCCUAAAAAAACACAAUGAUAGAAGCUAUGGUAGGCGAGUUUAACAAUCCCCAAUUAUUAUAUCCCAAUUUCUCCUCCUCCUCAUCAUCAUCAACUUCUACCUCUACUUCUACAAUAACCACUGAUCUUAUGUCCCCCUGUCUUACGGACCAGUGGGGAGACUUGCCGUUACAAGUUAACGAUUCGGAGGAUAUGAUCGUCUACAACUCACUCCGCGACGCCGUUAGUUUCGGAUGGUCUCCCUCAGAUCAUUAUUUAACGGCGGCAGCUGCCGUUGUGAAAUCUGAGCCGUACGAUUAUCAGUAUAUUUACUCGUUUAAUCAGAGUAGUCAACUCGCUGGGCCUCCAAUAACCGCUGCCGAAUGUUCAUUAAUCCCUAAUAAUAUUAAUCAGCCGAGGAAUUUUCAGAUCAACGGUCAGGAUCAAAUGUUCGAUAGAUACUCGGGAAUGAUCGCUCCUAAUGUGUUAUUAAAUAUUCAAAAUAAUGAUAAUUUUAAUAGCGAGCAAAACAAGUGUCGUAAUAAUAAUAUUAUUGGUUCGAACCGGAAAUCGUCGGUGGCGAGAGGGAGGCAUUACAGAGGUGUGAGACAGAGACCAUGGGGAAAAUUCGCGGCUGAGAUUCGAGAUCCGGCAAGGAAUGGCGCCAGAGUUUGGCUUGGAACCUACGAGACGUCUGAGGAAGCGGCUUUGGCUUACGAUCGAGCCGCUUUCAAAAUGAGAGGUUCGAAAGCUUUGCUUAAUUUUCCACACCGAAUCAGCUCCGGCGAGCCGCCGCCGGUAAGGAUUACGGGCAAACGCCGAGAGUCUGAGACUACAACGACGACUGGGUCUGGUGGCGGCUCACCGAAGAAGAUGAAGGUUGUCAGAAAUUCGGCGGAGAAUAAUGACGUGGCAUCGAAGAAGGAAUUCGACACUUUUGAGAUAGGCCCCACCACAAGUUUUCUGCCACUUGGCGAAGAGCUAUUAGUUAGUUAAAUAAGAGAAAAAUCUCAUUCCUUUUUUCUUUUGAAAGGCUAAACAAAAAAUACUUAAAAAGUGGUGUCAGUCAAUUAAUUUUUUAUUUAUUAAAAAAUUAAACUUUUAACUGAGUGAACAAUUAAAAGUAGUGAUCUACAUUAAAAAAAAA